UGCAGGGCUACCUGAAGCAGUGCCGAAAGAGAAGGGACAUGUUCAGUGAUGAGCAAUUGAAGGUCAUCUUUGGGAACAUUGAAGACAUCUACAGGUUUCAGAUGGGCUUUGUGAGAGACCUGGAGAAACAGUACAACAAUGAUGAUCCCCACCUUAGUGAGAUAGGACCCUGCUUCCUGGAGCACCAAGAUGGAUUCUGGAUAUACUCUGAGUACUGUAACAACCAUCUGGACGCCUGCAUGGAGCUCUCCAAACUGAUGAAGGACAGCCGCUAUCAGCACUUCUUUGAGGCCUGUCGCCUCUUGCAGCAGAUGAUUGACAUAGCUAUUGAUGGUUUCCUUCUCACUCCAGUCCAGAAAAUCUGCAAGUAUCCCUUACAGUUGGCUGAGCUCCUCAAGUAUACUGCCCAGGACCAUAGUGACUACAGGUAUGUGGCAGCUGCUUUGGCUGUCAUGAGAAAUGUGACUCAACAGAUCAAUGAACGCAAGCGGCGUUUGGAGAAUAUUGACAAGAUUGCCCAGUGGCAGGCCUCUGUCCUAGACUGGGAGGGUGAGGACAUCCUAGACAGGAGCUCGGAGCUGAUCUACACUGGGGAGAUGGCCUGGAUCUACCAGCCCUAUGGCCGCAACCAACAGCGGGUCUUCUUCCUGUUUGACCACCAGAUGGUCCUCUGCAAGAAGGACCUGAUUCGGAGAGACAUCCUAUACUACAAAGGCCGCAUUGACAUGGAUAAAUAUGAGGUAGUAGACAUUGAAGAUGGCAGAGAUGAUGACUUUAAUGUCAGCAUGAAGAAUGCCUUUAAACUUCACAACAAGGAGACUGAGGAGGUUCACCUAUUCUUUGCCAAGAAGCUGGAGGAGAAGAUACGCUGGCUCAGGGCUUUCAGAGAAGAAAGGAAAAUGGUACAGGAAGAUGAAAAAAUUGGCUUUGAAAUUUCUGAAAAUCAGAAGAGGCAGGCUGCAAUGACUGUGAGAAAAGUCUCUAAACAAAAAGGUGUCAACUCUGCCCGCUCAGUUCCUCCUUCCUACCCACCACCGCAGGACCCAUUAAACCAGGGCCAGUACCUGGUACCAGAUGGCAUCGCUCAGUCACAGGUCUUUGAGUUCACCGAACCCAAGCGCAGCCAGUCACCAUUCUGGCAAAACUUCAGCAGGUUAACCCCCUUCAAAAAAUAGUACCUACAGGGAGGCAGAUAAUUUUAAAAUAAAGUAAAUAAAAUUAUA